UGCAGUAGGCAAAGAACCCAUAAAGCGACAGGACUGCAGUGUGAUAAGCCCAUCUGGAGGACUUCAGUUUAGCCCAGCUCCCCAUGGUUUGACCUCAGCAGAAUCUCAGAUUGUUUUUAAAGUUUUGAUUUCCCGUAACUUGAGCACAUAAUAAAGUCUGUUAUCUGUACUGUCCCUCUGUUCAUCAAGCUGUCAGUAGCUAGAAUAUACACAUGUAUAAUCUGUGUGAGUCACAGUUUAUGAGCGGUAGACUUCAACCUGUUGGGAAACAGAAGGAAGCUGGGAGUGAUUCAGUGGACUUUCUUCAGGUUUCACUAUCAGUACCACUAGUGAAAUGUAACUAAGUGCAUUUACUCAAGAACUGUACUAAAGUAGCAUUUUUAAUUCAGGAUGUGUAUUUAGUAGUAUUUCUACUUUUAAUACUUUAAAUCCUUAAUCAGUACAAGCCACAAGUCUCCCAUUGAUCAUUUCAGACAAGACAAGAGAUAAUUUAAGAGAGAAAUGAAAAGUAUUGGUGGGCAAAUUAAGCGUUGAAAUUAGUUGACUCCCUGACCUUAUGCAGCACGAAGGUAUUUAUUAUGAAUAAGGUAUGAUAAGUAAGUGAGUAAAGUAUUUAACUAAAUAGCUGCACAAAUAGCAUUUAAGUGCAAAAAUGUGUAUCAAAACCCAAAACAAAGUUAGUGUGUUUGGAUUCGAGUUUCCUAAAAACCUCUUGGCUUGCACUGUUAUGAACAAUUUGCAAAAUGCUCUUUAUUUUUUGUAUAGCCUAUUUCUUACUUAGUACUUUUUCAAUUUUAAUUGGAAAUAUCUGAUUUUAUAGCUUGAAUGUUUGUUUUCGACAACUUGUCAUUUAAAUUCAGAAACUGCUCGGCUGUGUUCCUACUGCGCAUGCGUAGUGAGUGCUGCGGUCUGUGGCCAUAGCAACGGUUUGUUGAUAGUACAGUACCGUGGUAAAGAGGCGAUACUAGCAAAAUGAAACUCAAGCGGUUCCUUCUCAGAUAUUAUCCUCCAGGUAUAAUCUUGGAAUAUGAGAAAGGAGGAUGUUUGAGGACCAAAUCCAUCGACCUUUUGGAUUUGACUCCAGAGACGAGCCCAGAUGAGCUGCUGGCAGAGAUCCAACAGUCGGAGCCUCUGGUCACAGAGUCCAGGGCGGAUCAGGUCAAACAGCUGAUCGUCAGACUGCAGCAGAAACAGGGUCAGCAGGACCACCACCGCUUCUGCUUCUUCAAGGAGCUGAAGGCACACAUCCUGCCUCUGACAAACGUUGCCUUCGACAAAUCAGGGUCAAGGUUCAUCACUGGGAGCUAUGACAGGACGUGCAGAGUUUGGGACACGGCCUCGGGCUCAGAGCUGCACGCGUUAGAGGGGCACAGAAACGUGGUGUAUGCCAUCGCAUUUAACAACCCCUACGGAGACAAGAUUGCCACCGGCUCUUUUGAUAAGACGGCCAAGCUGUGGUGUGCUGAGACGGGCAAAUGUUUUCACACCUUUCGCGGACACACUGCAGAAAUAGUGUGCCUGGCCUUUAACCCCCAGAGCACGCUGGUGGCCACGGGCAGCAUGGACGCUUCUGCCAAGCUGUGGGACGUGGAGACGGGGGAUGAGGUGGCCACGCUGACCGGUCACACUGCAGAGGUCCUCUCUCUGUGCUUCAACACAGUGGGAAAUCAGCUGGUCACCGGAUCCUUUGACCACACCGUUUCAAUAUGGGAUGUUGCCUCAGGAAGACGUGUCCACACUCUGAUUGGUCACAGUGGGGAGAUCAGCAAUGUUCACUUUAACUGGGACUGCUCCCUCAUAGUCACAGGCUCCAUGGACAAAAGCUGCAAGUUGUGGGAGGCAGUCAGUGGGGAGUGUGUGGCCACGCUCACUGGACACAAAGAGGAGGUGCUGGAUGUGUGUUUUGAUUUAAGCGGUCAGCUCGUUGCGACUGCCUCUGCUGAUGGUACUGCCCGAGUGUUCAGUGUAAACACACAUCAGUGUCUCGUGACCCUGGAAGGCCACGAUGGAGAGAUCUCAAAGAUCUGUUUCAGCCCCCCCGGCAGCAGGGUCCUGACGGCCAGCUCUGACAGGACGGCUCGUCUGUGGGACGCUCGGUCUGGUGUCUGCCUGCAGGUCCUGGAGGGCCACACGGACGAGAUCUUCUCCUGUGUCUUCAACUACGAGGGCGACACUAUCAUUACAGGCAGCAAGGACAACACAUGCAGGAUCUGGUACUGAUGCUUUACAAGGAUACAGCCCUCCACUGUAAAACUUUGUAAUUCAAAAUACAUGUUAAGAUAAAAGUCUGUUUUCCAGCAUCUGUGUAAAGUGGGAUUACAAA